AUGCUCUCGACACAUCCCAUAAUCGUAUCCCGUCCGACGGCACCACCAUCUCCUCCCACCUACCCGGACCCUAACCAAUCUCAAUCUUUGCGAGCACCAACCUUGAUGAUGUGCUUCUUUGUGUAUUGGAAAUAUCUAGCAAGCACCGCCUCUAAAGCACUUUACGGCUUUGGGAUUACUUGGUGGCUUGAUCAAGAGGCGGGUAAUUAUUAG